GCCGCCGCCAUUUCAAAGGACGCGCGCUGCGGCCACUACGGAGGAGGAAAAACUUGUCUAAGCAGUGGUUUUGGCGACUGCUGCUCGCGGUACGGCUAUUGUGGCAGCAACACCGAUCAUUGCUCCACCUCGAAAGGAUGCCAGCCCGGAUACGGAACUUGC